AUGGCGACCUCCGGACAAAAGGACUUGGCCCUAAGGCUUGUCGACGUGUACAAGCUGAACCGGUCGCUUUUCCUCAACACCAGUUACCUCAUCCUCAUCACGGCGGCGUUUUCCCGCGCCACCGCCACGGGAGAGUCGAGAUCAAAAGCCGCCGCUGCCUCUGCUGCUGACGGCAAGAAAGUCAAGAAAAACCCUAAGCUCUCCAAACAACAGUUCCGCCGCCUUGCUCGCGCCAUCGUCCCCAAAUGGACCGAUGCCUCCGUCGGUUAUUUGGCCGCCCACUGUGGCUUGCUUGUGGUGCGGGCGUUGCUCACCAUCAAAGUAGCGGCCCUCGACGGGUUGCUUGUGGGUGCCCUUGUGUCAAAACGCCUUAAAUCGUUCUCUAAGCUCUUAGGGGUGUGGAUGCUUUUGGGGGUGCCGGCAGCGGUGGUCAACUCGUUGCUCACGUGGACUAAGGCUCAAUUGAGCAAACAGAUCCGCGUUAACUUGAAUGAGCUGAUCAUGGACCAGUAUGUCCCCGAUAACAAGGACCCUAACUACUAUGCCCUUAUCCAAUUGAGUGACAACGCCAUCGGUGACCCUAAUCAAAGAAUCACUGUCGAUGUGCUGCGUUUGGCCCUGGCGCUUCUGAGUCUACCUGGCCAGUUGCUUAAACCGACGCUUGAUCUUUUGCUUUGUGCUCAAGAACUUUCGAGACUGGGGGUGGGCAAUGGUGAAGGUACGUUGUUGUUGGGUAUGAUGGCCCACUUCUCUACCCUUAUUCUCCGUUUCUUCUCGCCGCCGUUUGCGAAAUUGGCUAGUGAACGGGCAAACCUUGAAGGGAAAUUGCGCAGUGCUCAAUCGAAGAUCGUCAACAGUGCUGAAGAGAUCGCGUUUUUGCGUGGCCACAUUCGUGAGCUCGAUCACAUUGACUACUGCUACUAUAAACUUGAACGGUUCCUCAAGAUGGAAUUCUGGCGUAAAGGGAUUCACGAAAUUGCCCUGACCUUCAUCAUCAAGUACGUGUGGGGUGCCGCUGGGUUGGUGUUGUGUAGUGCUCCCAUCUUCAUUGCUAAGUACAUGGGCGAGGAGCCGAAUCCCAACUCAGCCGCCGAGUUCAUCACCAACCGUCGUCUUUUGAUGCUGGCAUCAGAUUCGCUCGACAGGCUCAUCUAUCUGCGCAAGUACUUGUUGCUGGUUGUCGGCCACGCUACCCGGGUGGCCGAGUUCCAAGACGUGUUACACAACUUGUGCGACCGCAAGGAGAAAAACUUAGAGCGGGAUAAUAUUGUCUAUGACAACAAUGAGAUUACUUUCAGCCAUGUGCGGCUUGUGACUCCUGCUGAUGUCACUCUUAUCGAGGACUUGGACUUCAGCAUUAAGACUGGCAACCACUUGUUGAUUGCCGGCCCCAACGGUAGUGGUAAGUCUUCGCUUUUCCGUAUGUUGGGUGGCUUGUGGCCGUGCAAAAAGGGACAGAUCACAAUCCCUGACUCGUCCAACAUGUUCUACUUGCCUCAACGGGCGUACUUGUGCGAAGGUACCCUCAAGGAGCAGAUCAUCUACCCUCAAUCAAUCGAUGACUUCAAGGGCACCAACGACGACUUGUGUGAGAUCUUGAAAGUGUUGAAGCUUGACGAAUACUGCGAUGAGCUCGAUGAAGUUAAAAACUGGUCCGAAGAAAUGCUGACGGGGGCUCAACAACGGUUGGCGAUGGCACGGUUGUACUACCACAAGCCCAAGUUUGCCGUGUUGGAUGAGUGUACCUCGGCAGUGUCUCCCGACAUGGAGCAGUUCAUGUACCAAUACGCCCAAAGUUUGGGGAUCACGGUGUUGCUGGUGGCCCACCGGUCUGCCCUUUGGCACUUCCACAAGUACAUUCUCAAGUUCGACGGUAAGGGUGGUUACUACUUUGGCCCGCUUGACGCCGAAAAGCGUCUUAAGUUUGAAGCCGAAAGAUUAAUUCUCGAGAAGCAGCUCCGUGAUGUUCCCACGCUCAAGGAACGCUUGAGCGAAUUGACGAAGGUCUCGUCGGCGGCGAAGAACCGCAAAAAGCACAAGUAG